CGUAAAAUCGGGCUUGGAAGCGCACGAGGAAAUGACUCAGAUUUGUUCUCAUGUUGACUCGACAGUUUUUCCCCCCCAGCAAUCAGACUAACGUAAAUUGUUUUAGAUAAGAGCAUGUGGUUAACCAACAAACAUUUUUGUUUGGAAAUCCGGAUUUCGAUUUGUAAUGCGAUGAACGCUUUCACUUUUAAUCAGAAUCUGACGAAAUGCGACUCCCGAUGCUCAACUGUUUCAUUUUACUGACGUAAGAGCAGACGAUCACUGCCUGUUUAAAAAAAUACUCUUAAGUAUUGAACAUUACGAACUGUGUUAUCGCCAACAUAAUUCAUGACUCUUAUACCUAAUUCUGAUUUGACGGCGAAGGUAAGCUCCGUAUUGGGGCGUGAAGUAAAAUCAUACGGCAAGCAGUUCUUGUUUGAUGGCUGCAAUGAAACCUGCUGGAAUUCAGAUCAGGGAACCCCUCAAUGGAUUGCAGUUCAGUUUGUUAAAGACAUGGCAGUGACUCACUUUGAAAUUCAAUUUCAAGGAGGUUUUGCUGCAAAAAACAUUUGUCUGCAAAGAAUGAGCGUAGAUACUGGAGUUGCAAAGGUAGAAACAGUCAAGACCUACUAUCCAGAUGAUAUUAAUGCGAUCCAAACUUUCCUUCUACCUAAUUCACCUUUAAUGACAGACAAUUUAAAAUUUUUAUUCCCUGAAAGCACAGACAUGUUUGGCAGAAUCAUUGUAUACAGACUCAACUUGUAUCAAGAUUCAUGAUGCUUUAAGUAGGAUUUUUCUAGGCCAAAUAAAAAAAUUUUAUUUUCAA